AUGUUCAAAGAUUCUUGGGCUUUAGCAGUGGAUGUUCACGAGGCCACAUCUCCACCCUCUCAGUUUGACUUUUCGAAGAAGCCUUGUCCAGUACGCGGUCUACCUAAGAUUAAAGAAGACGCAAAUGGUAAUUUAGUAAUUAUCAAAUCCCAAAAUGAAGGCUGUGGAGCAGAGGUGGACCGGGUGGACCUGGCGGAGCAGUCCCUGCUGAACAAGCUGAUCCGCCGGUCUCUGGUGAGGAACAGAAACCAGGUGGAGGUCCAGCAGGCGGACCCCACCUCCCCUUUGUACUCCGUGAGGACCUUUGAGGAGCUCAGACUGAAGCCUGAAUUGUUGAAAGGUGUUUACGACAUGGGUUUCAACAGACCAUCCAGAAUCCAGGAGAAUGCUUUGCCCAUGAUGCUGGCACAGCCACCUCAGAAUCUGAUCGCCCAGUCACAGUCUGGCACAGGUAAAACAGCUGCCUUCUCUCUGGCAAUGCUCAGCCAUGUCAACACUGCCAAUAAAUGGACUCAGUGUCUUUGUAUCGCUCCAACAUAUGAGCUUGCGCUGCAGAUUGGUCAAGUGAUUGAGCAAAUGGGGAAGUUUCUUCCUGAUGUGAAAUUGGCAUAUGCAGUUCGAGGAAACAGAAUGGAACGAGGCGUUAAUUUGCAGGAACAGAUCGUCAUUGGAACGCCGGGCACCGUCCUCGACUGGUGCACCAAGUACAGGCUCAUUGACCCCAAGAGGAUUACUAUGUUUGUGUUGGACGAAGCAGAUGUGAUGAUUGCCACUCAGGGCCAUCGGGACCAGAGCAUUCGGAUCCAUCGGCAGCUGGGCAAAGAGUGCCAGAUGUUGCUUCUCUCUGCAACAUUCGAGGACUCUGUGUGGAAGUUUGCAGAGCUGGUUAUUCCCGACCCCAAUGUCAUCAGGCUGAAACGGGAGGAGGAGACGCUGGACACCAUCAAACAGUUUUAUGUGCUCUGCAGAGAUAAGGAGGAGAAGUUUGCAGCACUCUGUGAUCUGUAUGGGAGCCUGACUGUUGCACAGGCCAUGAUCUUCUGCCAUACUCGGAAGACGGCUGCCUGGCUGGCUGAGAACCUAACUAAAGACGGCCACCAGGUGGCGCUGCUGAAUGGAGAAAUGGCGGUGGAGCAGAGAGCGGCUGUGAUCGAACGCUUCAGGAGCGGUAAAGAAAAGGUGCUCGUCACCACAAACGUGUGUUCCCGAGGAAUCGAUGUGGAGCAGGUGACCCUUGUGGUCAACUUUGACCUCCCCAUGGACCUGGAGGGAAACGCCGACAACGAGACGUACCUGCAUCGGAUCGGCCGCUCGGGACGCUUCGGCAAGCGUGGGUUUGCUGUGAACAUGGUGGACAGCAAACACAGCAUGGAUAUCAUCAGCCAAAUCGAGAGGCAUUUCAACAGGAAGAUAACUAAACUGGACACUGCCAAUACUGAUGAAAUGGAGUUGCUGCUAAACUGA